AUGCAUUUUGGACCAGCAUCGGUGCCGGUAGAGUCACAACGCCUAAAAGGCAAAGAUAGGAAGAAGGCCAAGGAGGCUGCCAAAGAGGCUGCCAAAAACCAGCCCUCUGCAUAUCACAUCCGGACCGUCGACUUCAUACCUAUUGCCGAGGCUAUUGCCAAACAAGCCAAGAAAGUCAAAGUGCCAUCUCCGCUCCUGACAGUGUUCGGCAGAGCUAUAAAAGCUAGGAAAGAGGCACAAGCUUGGUACAAAUCUGCUAAACUUGAAGAUGAAGGGCAUAAUCACUUCAUAAACAUACUGUCCAGAGUCCAGGAAAUUCUGCGCCCUUUGGUUCCUGUCGCCAGAGCCAUUAAACCGGAGAAGUCCAAUGGUGUCGACAAUCGGUUCAAAAAGCUGACGGUGGAGGAAGUAGCGGACACGUCGCCAAAAGAGAAUGUUGAACAGCAAGCCACUUUGCCGCCGGUUGUCACAGCGGAUAUCGAGCAGAGCGAAGAAGAGGCCGAAGAGGAGUUUUUCUUCGCAAUACAUUCGUUUCUCGCAGGAAUCCACGAGAUUCAGGACGUGGUACAAGAUUCCUGGUUCAAGACACAGGACUUCAACAGGGACCUUAUGGCGUCGGCUCUGCUCACAAACACUGCGAUAGAUCUUGUCAGGCGUGCUGAGAGCGAAUUCGACCUUAAUCUCAAGCGCCCAUCCAGAUACCCAGUAUCAAAGUUUCCUGUCUGGUCCCUUCCUGCGCUCUUAUAUCAUCACUACCACCCAUUGCCGGAUGAUGUCAAGAUCCACAAGGUAGUGGUCCCCUCAGAUGUUAGUAUUCAGUUCAAUGAGGACGAGUACGAUAAGAUUCACGCCAACUGGUGCUUUUGGCCUGCCUACACAGGUCUGCGAUUCUGUGUGAACCGCAUCAAGAAAUUCCCCUAUCUUGACGCCAACGAGGACGAGCUUCAGGCGAUUGGUGCGGAUUCAGUGCCACAGAUUAGGAGGACGUUCGAGCUUGCCAAAGGGUUCCGGGUGUACACCUCAGCACACCAACGAUUUUGGGCUCAAGAUGAGGUAACCCGCGGCAUGAAGAUCAUGUUCACAGAUAAAGCCAUCCCCAUUUGGGUCACAUUUGGCAUCCAGACGCUUCUCGACAUCCAGGACAUCAAGGAUAAUCGUAUGGGUGAAGGCAAAGGCUUCAACAAUUCGUUCACUCAUGCUCGGGGUAAACUACUUUAUCCAAACGACCCUACUUGGCCUGACAUGGAAUACCUCCUCUACUCUCAGGAUCCAAAUCACAUCUUCUACGGCGGCAUACCCAAAACCCUUGACGAGUCAUACCGUAAGAUUAAUCUUGCCUUUGGCAGCAAGAUGCCCCGCAUAGACAGCAGUGGGAAAUACCGUUUCCACAAAUCAAGUCGAAUGUUUCAAGAAACGAGCUUAUUGAGUCCGAUUCUGCAGAGUAGGAUGACAGGAUGGAGCGACCACACCAACGAGUCCGUGAACGAGCUUGCCAGUAACCUCAAUGUCUUGCUGUGCGACAAAACCAAACAAGGGCAACUAGCACGCCAGUUGGGCGCAUCACCGGAUUGGGUUGAAAGUGAGAUUGACACUCGUCGGGUGGUGCGACUGUUCGAGGAUGGUCCGGCAGAUGGCUCUCCUGUGCUGCUUCGCGAUCUGUCUCUAUUUAUAGAGGGCGAGAUGCAGAACGUCUACUUCGACUGGAUUUCGAUGUACCGAAUCUGUGGAGACAUAUGGAAAGAGAUAUUAUCGGAACUAGCCGGAGACCCUGUCCUGGCGAAGCUCAUGCCAAAGCCCACACCCGGGCUAGGCUUAUACAUCCUCAAGAUAGCUUCCGAAGAUGCAGCCAAGCAGAAAAAGAUCGAUCUCGACGAUCCAGAUCUCGCACCGCAGCUUCGAAAGGUAUGGACUUGCAUCCAGAGAGUCAUCCACAAGCGUUCGUCACACGAGUUCACCCCGCAAUACAACAUGUGUAAAGCCUGGCUUGGCGACAAAUGUCUGGCUCAGCAAAUGGCUCGCACAUACCACACGGUAGCUUGGCAGCUGGUUGGUUAUAACGUUCCCCAGCUCUAUAAAUUCUACGAGAACUGGGAUUUCGACGACAAGAAAGAUAGCGGCGUGCUCUGCCAAAUCCCUGCUCACAAUCGCAUGAACGAGAUAUACCGCGAACGCAACCGAGAUCUACUGUUAGGAGGCCUGCGCGAUGAGUGCAUAAGGGACAAGUAUCACAGCAAUGACCACUGCGGACGCUGUCGCCGCCGUAAUUUCUUCCUUGACCAUUACGGCUCAGUGGCAUCGCUCAGAGGUACAGAGCUAGUGCAAAAACACCUAGGGCGGAAGUACCACGGACAAGACGACAAGAGUUUGGAAGAGGAUGAUGUACGGAAAACCGUGCUCAAGAAACUGUUUGAAGAAAACGGUAUUACAUUUAUCGACGGCGACGAUGAGGAAGGCGAUGAGGAUACUUCUGACACUGGGGAGGGUGAGGUGAUAGAGGGGCAUGAAGAUGCGAAGAUUAGGCCUACAGUUGACGGGAAGUUCCAGGUCGAGAUGUCGGUCAGGUCUAUGUUCCAUCGGCCAGGUGUUUGGCAGAGUCUUGGUAGUCGUCCGAGCAGCGAGAACGGCAGCGAGGACGGCAGCGAGGACGGCAGCGAGAACGGCAGCGAGAACGGCAUCCACGAUUCUUAG